AUGAAGUGCUGGGAAGGAAAAGAGAAGGAAACUGAGACAGGAGAUACUGGGAAAGAGUGGUCAGGAAGCCAGGAGGCUCCUUUUCACAACUUGGACAACUGGCAGGAGGGGAAACACCCAGAGUCAGAGUCCCCAGCUCCAGAGUGCAGGGGGCCCAUCCACGACGCCACAUUAGUGGGUGCUGCGGCGGCGCUUUCCUCCACGCGCGGAAACCGGGGCGCACAGGCCAGCGCCCCCUGGAUUCGGGACCUGGACAGCGCUCCGGGGACCCCCUCGCCGGCAGCUUCCGACACUGCACGUCCCAGCGUGCACCGCGGCGCAAACGUUGGGGACGGUGGCCGGCUGGACCAAAAGACGCUGCGGGGGCGCGCGGCAGACGUCCCGCCUCCUGGGCUGCGGCCUCAGUCUGCAGGCUGCGAGAGCUGGCGGAGGCCCGGCUGGGUGGCGCUUCAGGAGUGGGCUCGGCCUCCGCCUCCCCCAGGCCUCCCAGUGCUGGGGUCUCAGCCGCUGGGGCGGCAGCAGAGCCGGGCUGCUGAGGGGCGCCGAGGCCGUGGCCUGGCGCGUCAGGAAUGGGAGUCGGGUUAUCAGCCCGCGGGUCCGCGUGGGGACGUGAGCAGGCUGGGAGCUGACAGGUCCCUGGGGGCNCUGCGGGGCCUCCCUCCCCCUGAGCUGCCUGGGAGCACGAGCUUCCAGAAGGACCCCGGCCCCUCACCCUCCAGUGACCCGCUGGAGAAGGGGCCUGAGCCCUCCUUCCUCGGGGCACAGACUAAGCCUAUUGACCUGAUCACCUGUCACUUUGCCCUCAUCCACGUAGUGAUGCUCCUCACUGUCAAUGACUUCAAGUGUAAGGUGUUUUUCUUCAUGAGCAGAGUGAUGCGAGACCUCUCCAUCUGCACCACCUGCCUCCUGAGCAUGUUCCAGGCCAUCACCAUCAACCACAUGAGAUUUAAACAUAAAUUCGCAAAUUACAUUACUUCUAUUUUCUUUUUCUUGUGGUUCCUCAGUUUGUCUUGCAGUAGUGACCUGGUCUUCUGUACUGUGGCUUCUUCCAAUGUGACCCAGAUCAAUCUACUAAAUGUCAAUAAAUACUGCUCACUCUUCCCCAUGGUCUCUAUCAUCAAGCAAGUGUUUUUGACUCUGACAUUAUUCAGAGAUGUCUCCUUUGUAGGAAUCAUGAUGCUCUCAAGUGCAUACAUGGUGAUUCUCUUGUUCAGGCAUCAGAGGCAAUCCCAGUACCUUCACAGCACCAGACUCUCCCUAAUAACCUCCCCAGUGAAAAGAGCCACCCAGACCAACCUGCCACUGGUGAGUUUCUUUGUGGUCAUCUACUGGGUGGACUUUAUCAUCUCAUCUUCUUCGACCCUGUUAGGGGCAGAUGAUGCAGUUGUUGUGGGUAUCCAGAGGUUUGUGUGCAAUGUUUUUGCCAUUGUCAGUCCUUUAGUGAUAAUCAGAUCUGAUAAAAGGAUAAUCAAGACUUUACAAAAUAUGUGGCAGAAGCACCAUCAUUUUUUAACAAGUUAG